UGUUUCUUCUGAAGGCUGUCAGUACUAUGGUUAAUUAGAACAAAGACCUAAAGAGCUAAGCUGGCAGGUCAAAUGAUACAAAGGCUUUGCCGUGGGAAAAUAAGAAGGCGUAACUUCAGCCCUUUUUUUGGGUUCUGCAGAUUAAGGAAGCGUAUAACCCAAUUUUAGUCUUCACAAUAUCCCAAUCAUAUCAGGCCUAGUUGCCUCCACCAACAAAGUAAGCAAUGGAUUCCUCAAGUCACGUCUUCAUAUUAUCAGCCAUUUUGAUGCUCCUCGUUUCCCAGUCAAUGGCAACAGUUGCCCCAUCCGAGCUAGUAGAAGAUGUCUGCACUGAGAUUGAGAAAUUGAUGAUGGCUUACGGUGAAAGAUCAGGGUAUGUCGCAAAAUAUGAUGAAUGCGUCAAUGCUCUUCAAAUGGAUCCUAGAACUGCCACAGCAAACAUCUCCACUCUUGCCGAAAUUAGUGUCCAGUUGGCGAUUUCCGGUGCGAAAAAUGCCAAGGCUUUGAUAGAAAACCUUCUCGGGAAUACAACUCCUUCAAGAGAGCCCCUUCAGAAUUGUCUGUCCUCGUACGUGAAUAUCACUGGCCAUUUCGAAAAUGCACUCUCGGGGCUAAGUGCAGGUCUGCAAUCUUCCCACUUCGACAUCGCGGGGGUUUUGGACCUUGUCAAGAUAUGUGAACUUGAAUUGACAAAGAACCAGACUCAUAUUCUGCAGCUUACAAACAGAAACCACUACACGCGCAUGUUUGUUGAAAUCUCAGAAUUUCUCAUAACCCGUCUUGAAUUAUAUCACAUAGGCAACGGCUUCACACAGACGAGGACUCAAGGUUAAUAAUCAAGGAUAUCGAAGAAAGUUUCCUUGACGCAUGCCGAAGCAUAAGUGGGCUUUCUUGUAAUCUCGUAUAUGAAGCAUGAGCAUUUAAUAUUAUGUUUUUGUAUUUUUGAGUUUUUUUUUCUAAUCUAAAUUCCUUUAAUAUGUUUUUGUA